AUGCACGGCGUCCUGCACCCACAGGGAAAUGCCUUCACUGACAUCUCAAUGAUGGAGCCCCGUACAGGAUAUUUUUGUGCUGACGGGAUUUGGAUGGAGUCGACAAAAGAUCGACAGCGACGCUGUUGCAAGGACUUCGUGCGCAAAGUGCAAAAGAAAAUUUGCGAACAAAUCUUCAAUUUCAUGAAGAUGCGACUGCGAAUCAAGGAGUUCAACAUAGAUAAUCCAUGCAAUGACUAG